AUGAGGGAGGGUAGUCUUGGGGUUGCUAUCGUUGCGCGCCAAGUUGUUGUUUUCCAAGCUACACGAUCCCACAAGACACGAGAGCGGUUUCUUGAUGUCUCGACGUUCAGGCCGUUUGGAUCUGACCGCGUCUUUCUGGCUACAAACUCUCCCAAAGCCCGCAUCAAGACGAGCGACAUUUUGACAAUCUUCCCACCAACCGAUGUCGACCGGACCCAAACAUUAUUACCUGGUUCGAUGCUCCAGUUGCCAGAAGAGGCAGUGACCGAGUUUUAUUUGCUGAGCGCCCGCCAGCAAGACCGAUAUGAGAAAUUGUGGAAUGCUUGGGCCAAGGAAUUUUGA